AUGUUCCGUUUGAUGAUAAUUGCCGCUGUCGCUGUAGCUGCCCUAGCCUCUACACUGGUAACACCAGAACUAGAUGAACAAUGGGAGAGCUUCAAGGACUUGUACAACAAACAAUAUGGCGAACAGGAACACUUAAUGAGGCGUCUUAUUUGGGAGAGCAACUUGAGAUACAUACAAAAGCACAACCUGGAUGCAGACAAAGGUCUUCAUACAUAUAUUCUUGGUGAAAAUGAAUAUUCUGAUAUGACACACAAAGAAUUUGUAUCAGUAAUGAAUGGAUAUAUUAUGCCAAAUGGUAGUAAGAAAGGAGACACAUUCAUGGCACCAAUUGGAGUAGAAUUGAAGGAUGUCCCUACAUCAGUUGAUUGGAGAACCAAGGGUUACGUUACUGAGGUCAAAAACCAGGGACAAUGUGGAUCAUGUUGGGCUUUUUCAACAACUGGUUCUCUAGAAGGCCAGACGUUCAAGAAAACACAGAAACUCGUAUCACUUUCUGAACAGAACUUAGUUGACUGCUCAUCGAGAGAAGGUAAUAAGGGAUGUCAAGGAGGAUUAAUGGACAAUGGAUUUACAUACAUUAAAGUUAAUGAUGGAAUUGAUACAGAGCAGUCAUAUCCAUACAGAGCCAAGACAGGAUUGUUCUGUCGAUUCAAAAAAGCUGACGUAGGUGCAACAGAUACCGGAUAUGUUGACAUCAAAAGAGGAAGCGAGGAUGAAUUACAAAUGGCGGUUGCAACAGUUGGACCCAUUUCCGUAGCUAUGGACGCUGGUCACCCUUCAUUCCAACAUUAUAAAACUGGAGUAUACAGUGAAAAGCAAUGUAGCUCAUCAAGACUAGAUCAUGGAGUUCUAGCUGUAGGUUAUGGUACCAGUGAUUCAAGUGAAGAUUACUGGAUUGUUAAAAACAGUUGGGGAACAACCUGGGGUAUGAAAGGAUAUUUUGAAAUGUCAAGAAAUAAAGAAAACAUGUGUGGAAUUGCAACCCAAGCCAGUUAUCCUAAAGUAUAGAAGACUAGAUACUACAGCGCACAACGACAUAUAUCAUAUUGGAGAAUAGCAGUGCAUUUUGUUUCGAACAGCAAUAAAUAGUGUAAUCUUAAAAAGGAUCCGAAAGUCACAUUUUUGUAUGUUCAUAAUACAACAAAGAAAUAAAAUUAUGAUAAAGCAG